AAAAAUGUCAGAAAAUUCUUUCUCAUCAAAUCGCUUGAAGUUCAAGAAGAAAUUCAAGAGCGAGGUAGUCAAGGAUGAGGCUAGCUAUCUUUUCAACAUGCCUACCCUCGGUUCGGACAAAAAGCUCGCUGUUGAUACGAAUAGGUUUGUUCCUAAAUGUACAUCACUAGGAAUGUCACCAUUGAAAAUUUCAUGCAGCAAGAAGCCAGGAAAACUGAAUGCCUUCACUGUUUUGAAGAAGAUUGCAAGCACUAAUGGGGUAUCUACCAACUCUUCAAAGUCGAUUAUGUCUUACAUUAUUGCACCUGAGGUGGAGAGUAGACAUCCGAAAGAGAACAGGAUAAAUGAAUUUUUGGCUACCUCCAAGAUCUUCAAAAUUAACCUGCGAGAGGCUUUGGACGAACUCAAAUAAAACAAAGGAUGUCAGGAAGUG